CCAUCUCCUGGGUCCUGUUCUCCUCCCGCCUGGGCUGCCUGGGGGACAGGAGGGACCCUGAGGCCACGGAGGCCACCGAAGGGGUGAUCCAGUGUGUGGGGGCAGUGCUGGCCCUGACGCUGGUGACGAUGGCACUGCCACGGCCCCUCCUGCGCCUCGUGCCCGCACCAUGGGACGCGUUCUGCCGUGCCUGGGACCACCUCUUCGCCUUCGCCAAGACACACGUGGACCAGCGCUUGGCCGCGGUGGCCGCGCGAGGGACAGCGCCCGAGGGGGACACUUGUGUCACCGACCUGCUGGCCAGGGAGCACUUCCCUCUGAGCAGCAUCUACGGCAAUGUCACCGAGCUGCUGCUGGCAGGGGUGGACACGGUGGCCAGCACACUGGCCUGGAGUCUGUACGAGCUGGCACGGCACCCGGGGGUGCAGGUGGCCCUGCACCGCGAGCUGCUGACUGCCACUGCCACCAGCGCUGUCCCCAGCGGGGACAGAGCCACCACGGACAGAGCCACCAUGGACAGCGCCACCGCCGCGGCCACCGCCACCGCGCUGCGACAGCUGCCACUGCUGCGGGCCGUGGUGAAGGAGACGCUCAGGCUGUACCCUGUCAUUCCUGACAACGCUCGAGUCAUCCCUGACCGCGACAUCCGCGUCGGUGACUACUUGGUGCCACGUCAGACCCUCAUCACCCUCUGCCACUACGCCACCUCCCGUGACAGCCACUUCUUCUCUGCGCCUGACACCUUCCGCCCGGAGCGGUGGCUGUGCCGCGGGGUCACCCCUGAGGACACCAGUGACACCUGUGGACACCCCUUUGCCUCUCUGCCCUUCGGCCUGGGCCCUCGCAGCUGCGUCGGGCGACGCUUGGCCGAGCUGCAGCUGCACAUGGCACUGGCACAGAUCCUGCUACGGUUCGAGGUGCAGCCAGAGCCCGGGGAGGACCCCGUGCGUCCCAUGACUCGCACUCUGCUGGCACCUGCCACCCCCAUCAGCCUGCGCUUCCUGCUGCGGUGA